AUGGACGGGAGGGAAAGCCUGACCCCUGCUUGUAGGACCUUACCUUUGACCAAAGAGGAGCCAGAAGAAGCAGUCUUUCGAGAAGUGGUCAGUUUUAGUCCGGAUCCUUUGCCAGUUAGAUAUUAUGACAAGGAAACCACCGAACCUGUCAGCUUCUACCUGUCUUCACUGGAGGAGCUGCUGGCCUGGACUCCCCUCACGGAGGACAGCUUCAACGUGGCCCUGCAGCCCCUAGAGUGUCGCCAGCCCCCGCUGGGCAGCCCUAGGCCCCGGACCCUGGUGUGCCAUGACAUGAUGGGUGGAUACCUGGAAGACAAGUUUAUUCAGGGCUCAGCAGCACAGAGCCCAUACUCCUUCUACCACUGGCAGUACAUUGAUGUCUUCGUGUACUUCAGCCACCACAUGGUCACCAUCCCCCCGGUGGGCUGGACCAACGUCGCCCACAGGCAUGGGGUCUGCGUGCUGGGAACCUUCAUCACCGAGUGGAACGAUGGGGGAAAGCUCUGCGAAGCCUUCCUGGCUGGGGAUCCGCGCUCCUACCAGGCAGUGGCUGAUCAGCUGGUCCAGAUCGCGCAGUUUUUUCGUUUCGAUGGCUGGCUGAUCAACAUCGAGAACUCCUUGAGUGUGGCCGCUGUGCAGAACACGCCUGCUUUCCUGAGGUAUCUGACUGCUCAGCUCCACCAGCACGUCCCGGCGGGGCUGGUGCUCUGGUAUGACAGUGUGGUACAGAGCGGGCAGCUCAAGUGGCAGGAUGAACUCAACGAGCACAAUCGGAUCUUCUUUGACUCAUGUGAUGGCUUCUUUACCAACUAUAACUGGCGGGAGGAGCACCUGGAGCGGAUGCUGGGCCAGGCCAGGGAGCGCCUGGUCGAUGUGUACGUGGGUGUGGACGUGUUCGCUCGGGGGAACGUGGUCGGAGGCCAGUUUGACACAGACAAGUCUCUGGAACUGAUCCGAAAGCAUGGCUUCUCCGUAGCUCUCUUUGCCCCCGGCUGGGUGUACGAGUGUCUGGAAAAGAGCAGCUUCUUCCACAACCAGGACAGGUUCUGGAAGCUGCUGGAGCGUUAUCUGCCCACACACAGCAUCUGCUCCCUGCCCUUCGUCACGUCCUUCUGCCUGGGCAUGGGGACACGAAGAGUCUGCUACGGACAGGAGCAGGCUGUGGGGCCUUGGUACCACCCGAGUGCCCAGGAGACGCAGCCUCUGUUUGGUGAACACAAGCUGCCCGGUGACGGCCAGGGCUGGGUGAAGGUGCACUGCUGCCUGGCAGACUCCUGGCACGGGGGCAGCUCACUGCUUCUGCAGGGGGUGAUCCCGCCUGAGGUCGGCAGCGUGGCUGUGAGGUUGUUUUCCCUGCAGGUCCCGGCACCGCACAAAAUCUUCCUGUCCUUGGUGUAUAAGCUUGAGGGGUCCACAGAUGUCACAGUUGCUUUGGAACUCACUACAGGGGAUGCCGACAGUUGUCACGUCGGCAGCAUCUCCGUGAUGAAUGCAGAAACGGGUUCAAGGCAUAGACCCCACCCCCUCCGGGUGCCCCCCACCAAACUGGCCAGAUGGGCCGGCCGCUGUGGCCAGCAGCUCAACGGGGGCUGGAUCCAGCGGUGCUACGAGGUGAACCUGCAUGGGUGCCUCCUGCGGGACCUCUUUGUGAACUUGUCUCGGCCACCAGGCAGCCAGGAGGAGGAGACCUUCAUCUGUCGCCUGGGAGAGAUCCAGGUGGUGGAUGCCAACAGCCUGCUGGCCCCCCUGCCUCAGGUACAGAAUGUCACCGUCUCACAGGUCCGCUGGCAGCGGCCCACCUCUGCGGUAGAGGGUCCCCAGGGCCGGCUGAGACUCAGCUGUACCCUGCACUGGUCCUACCUCGUCCUCCAAGCCCGCUGCUUCAGAGUCCACUGCUGGGAGGGGGCGAGAGGCAGGGAGCCGCUGGGGCCAGAGCCCGCAUUCCUGGGCCUGGCUUUUGUCAACCAGUACCGCGUGGUGGACUUGGUGGUAGAGGCUGCUGGGCCCAGCCAGGAGGGCCGUGUGGAGUUCCUGGUGGAGCCCGUCCCCAGAGAGGGCUUCCGGGUCCCUCAGGCCGAGUGGGGCAGGGCAGCCCUACUCUACUCCAUGCCUCUGUGAGCCGACACUGCCUCGCUUGACUCACCUUGCCCCUUGCUGGCUGUCAAGGAUCCUCUGGGACCCUGCUGAGUAAGGCCAGGGGUCCCAAGGGCUGGGACCCAGGAUGCGGUGGUGGCUGGGGGGGCAUUGGUCACAGGAAGCCAGCUUGCCGAGGAGCACCUGGCCUCGCGUUUGCAUGUAACCCUCAACACAGUGUGCGUACAAGGGAAAGGGAAAGGAUGUGGGAGGUUUUGUCCAGAAAACUCCAUAAAGGAUAUUCUCAAAUAGGUUGAAAGGUGUUGAUGCUGAGAAGAGUGACCUUUGAUUCCUGUAGAUUACACAACUAGAAAUGACUGUAGGGCCGGGAUGCGGCUCAGUGGUGCUGCGUCUGCCUGGCAAGCACAAGGUCUUGAGUUCGAUUCUUGGUACAGGGAAAAAAAAUGCCAGAAAUGAAUGUAAAUCAUGGCAGGCAGCUUUGGAGCAGGGCUGGGGGCCAUCAGAGGAUCUCCACAGACUGGGAUGCAGCAGCCUGAGGGGAGGGGUGGAAAGGAGGGGCCCCAGAGUGGCAGGAGAUGGUGCUCUGGAGCUCAGGGCCAGGCUGGCACCACAUCAUACCCCAGCCUGAGCAUGGGCCACCUCCAGGGUUUGCUGGCCAGGGCAUCUCGCUGUCCCCAUAGCUGACGUCCCCUGCCUCUGCUGCAGCUCCUCAGCCCUAGGCUCACAGGCUUCACGUGUGCCAAGGUGGGAGGGUGCCAGGAUGGGCACCUGCCCCUCUCAUGCCCUCCUUCUGUGCCCACUUCUGCAGCCCCUGCAGGCCCCCUUGACAAUGUUGGGCAGGGAAAGCUUCCUGCCACAUCUCUGGGCCAGGAGUAAUGUGGCUUCAUUUUUCCCUGCUCUCCCUUCAGGUGCCACACAGGGUCUGUCACAUCCUGCACGGGGCAAAGGUCAUCAGGUGUGUUUCAUCCUGGGCCACAUAGUCAAUGGUGGGACGUACUUGUCCAGCCCUCCUGUCCUGUCCUGUCCUGUGCUGUGGGUGUGGUGCAGAGGUCUGGGACACUGUGACACCAGCUGGAGGUCACACAGAGGAGCUGGGACCUGUGGACUUUGCCCUGUAGGAAGGUAGGGCUGUGGCAUCCCUUUUCUGUCCUCUGAGGGAGGGGACGGAUGGGCUGGUCCUGCUUAGUGCACAGAACACCCAUUCUGGAGGGCAGAGGUCUCCUGUGGGGCCCGAGUGCUGCCCGCUCCCACCUCCUGCCCUCCAAGGGCUUCUGCCUCUUGGGUGGAACAGGGCAGACCCUGGGGCUGGGUUCUGCACCCCUCCCUGAUUGGGAACCUUUUCAUGUCUUAGGUUGACAACAAGCACCCCUUGUGCAGGGCAGGGCCAUGAUCCUGCUGACUGCUCUAAAACUCAGGCUACCGGCCCUGGGCUUUUCCUAAGCUGGGGACAGGGCGACAUCUGCUGUGCUCACGGCUACUCCACUUUCUCUGCCGUGGUUCCAUUCUGACAGUGUCCUGCGGUGCUGAGUCUGUCUUCCAUCCGGAAGUAGGGGGACUGGCUGAGGGGGGGUGCUUCCUGGCCUUGUACCUUGUGUCCCCAGAGGAGGUGGGGCAGGUGGCAGGGCAGGUGGGGCAGGGCGGCUGCUUACCUGGUCUCCCAGCCCCAGCACCUCAAUAUUGGGCAGAGAGCCACUAUUGCCUGCUUCCGUUUCCUGAGGUCUGUUUCUUGAAAUAUUUUAUGUGGAGAAUGAAGGAAAAAAAAUU